CGAGACCGAGCAGUUCUACACAUCGGAAAGCAUCGCCCGCCCGGCUGCAAAAUGUUUUCAUAUUAAUGCGUCACACACGUGGUCCAUCGCCGCAAUAUCUCAAAACUCGAGGAAAAUGAUAAGUCGCCCGGGGAGAAAAGAUAAAGAGUCUUUAAGCCUCCAGUAGGUGGGACGCGCGCGAGAGUCUUAAUGAAGAGCGCGAGACGAUUUCAAAUUGUGUCGCGAGCGCAUUGCCACAGAUAAAAACGCAACGCUCGUCGCCGUUCAGCAGUUAUCUUAAUCGGAACCUAAAUCUUUCCAUUGCCUGUCUUCAACAAAGAAGAGACGAUAACCGAGCAACCUAUAUGUUUCAACAUGCAAAGAACCCUCUACUGUGAAAGUUUGUCGUCUUCUGUGAGGGAAGGUACGGAGCUCGAGUCCAGACUCUCAUCUGUUUAGUGUUGGAUUGUGUCUCAUUUGCGACUCGAAAAUGAAGAGAAGACAAAAGCGCGUUUUGCAAAUGGCAUUUCUGUUUAUGGUGGCUUUAAUUUUUCUGCCAAACGUCGGGCUUUGGUCAAUGUACAGAGAGAAGAGCUUGAUGAAGUCGCACGAGUCUGGAGAGCAGGGAUUCCCACUGGGCUUAAAUGAUGGUCACAUUUAUACCUGGACAGAUGGUUUAAGAAGAAGAGACUGGCAUGAUAAUGACAGCGCCAGAAGAGAUGAGCUACGUGUUGGUAAAGGGGAACAUGGCAAACCGUACCCGCUGGCAGAGGACGAGUGCGAUGACUCAGUAUACAAAGAGAACGGCUUCAACAUCUACGUCAGCAACAAUAUCGCUUUGGACCGCGCUCUUCCAGACAUCAGACAUCCUAACUGUAAGCAGAAGCUUUAUCUCGAAAAGCUCCCAAACACCAGCAUUAUCAUCCCCUUCCACAAUGAAGGCUGGUCCUCCCUGCUCAGAACCAUCCACAGCAUCACCAACCGCACACCCGACCACCUGAUUGCUGAGAUCAUACUGGUGGACGACUAUAGUGACAGAGAUCACCUUAAGGCUCACCUGGAAAAGCACAUGGCCAGAUUUCCUAAAGUCCGUAUCGUGCGCACUAAGAAGCGAGAGGGUCUGAUCCGCACACGGCUCCUCGGAGCAUCGGUGGCCAGAGGUGAGGUCCUCACGUUCCUGGACUCACACUGUGAAGCCAACGUCAACUGGCUGCCGCCCCUCCUCGAUCAGAUUGCCCAGAACCCCAAAACCAUUGUGUGUCCCAUGAUAGACGUGAUCGACCACAAUCACUUUGGUUAUGAGGCGCAGGCAGGGGAUGCUAUGCGGGGAGCCUUUGACUGGGAGAUGUACUACAAGCGCAUUCCCAUCCCAUCUGAGCUACAAGGACCAGACACCAGUGACCCAUAUGAGUCUCCUGUGAUGGCUGGAGGCUUGUUUGCAGUAAACCGGCAAUGGUUCUGGGAGCUGGGUGGAUACGACACGGGCCUCGAGAUCUGGGGUGGCGAGCAGUUUGAAAUAUCUUUCAAGGUUUGGAUGUGUGGAGGCAGCAUGUACGAUGUGCCUUGCUCGAGGGUGGGGCACAUCUACAGGAAGUACGUCCCCUACAAGGUGCCCUCAGGGACCAGCCUAGCAAGAAACCUAAAACGAGUGGCAGAGACGUGGAUGGACGAGUACGCAGAGUACAUCUACCAACGUCGGCCCGAGUACCGCCACCUCUCCGCCGGAGACCUGACCGCUCAGAAGGAGCUACGCAAACACCUCAAGUGCAAAGACUUCAAAUGGUAUAUGAACACCGUAGCCUGGGACCUGCCCAAAUACUACCCGCCUGUGGAGCCACCCCCAGCCGCCUGGGGAGAGAUCCGUAACGUAGCAUCCGGAUUGUGCGUCGACUCCAAGCACGGCUCCACAGGCACUGAGCUGCGUCUAGAUGUGUGUCUGAAAGAGGGUGCAGAACGGACAUGGGCACAUGAGCAGAUUUUCACGUUUGGCUGGAGAGAGGACAUCAGGCCUGGAGAUCCACUGCAUGCCAGAAAAUUCUGCUUCGAUGCUAUUAGUCAGAACAGCCCCAUCACCCUGUAUGACUGUCACGGUAUGAAGGGCAACCAGCAUUGGAGCUACAGGAAGGAUAAGUCUUUGUACCACCUUGUGAGCAGUGGUUGCAUGGACUGCAGUCCUGGCGACAAGCGGAUUUUCAUGAACAAGUGCGACCCGCAGUCCGAAACGCAGCACUGGAUUUUCCAGAGAGUUAACACCACCAUUUUAGACAAAUUUAACAGUGCAGCCAGUUCAUAGGACCUGGAGUUUAAGUCGGCCAAUCGGUUGGCUCACAAACACAUGUCCCACAAUCCUUAGCGUGGGUUUGGAUGUUUUUAAUGUCUGACCCUGGGCUCCUCUCAAACUUAGAGGACUUAGCAAGUGCAGACUCUUGAAUGGGAGCGCUAGAAACAGAGAGACACAAGGCUGGUGGAACACUUCCACAUGGAGCACCUUGCUGGUCGAGGAGAAUACGAACAGUCCAGACUUUUCCUGUUUCUCUGUUUGUGGGGUCUUGUCGGCCCUAAUUGCUUCCCAUAAAAAACAGAGCAACUUUAGAACCUUAACGUUGGAGUCCAAUGAGAGAACGUUCUGUAUCACUCCGUGAAGAUUGCAUGGUGGAUUUGUACAAAACCAGAAACUGUUUGCUCUUUCUUUUGUAUCGCUAUUUAUUUUUCCGCAGAUUGUUUUGACUGUAUAUUUAUUUGUAUUUAUUUGGUGCCUUUUCCAGAUUUAAGUUAUGUGUAUUAUCAACUCUUGUACCUGUUAGAGUCUAAACUGGGUUAAGGCAGUGACCUAAUUAAAUAUUUCACUUUUUCAAUGGAAACUAUCUUGUUACUGGGUUUCUUGUCUAUAAAUAAAGCAGAAAAGGAGUGAA